AUGCCCUAUGGGCAUAUAGAACGGCUGUCAAAACCCCCAUUGGCAUGUCACCUUACCAGCUUGUUUAUGGAAAAUCUUGUCACCUGCCCGUUAAAUUGGAACAUAAAGCAUAUUGGGACCAAGUUCCUGAAUUUUCAUGCUAAAGCUGUGGGAGAGAAGAGGUUGCUUCAGCUUAAUGAACUUGAUGAGUUUAAAGUUGAAGCUUAUGAGAAUGCUAAACUCUACAAGGAGAAAACAAAGAGGUGGCAUGAUAAGAGGAUCUCAGUAAGAACCUUUGAACAUGGCCAAAGAGUCGUUCUAUUUAAUUCAAGACUCAAGCUUUUCCCAAGAAAGCUCAAAUCUAGAUGGUCUGGACCGUUGACUAUCACCACAGUCUCUUCCUAUGGUCACCUUGAAAUCAUGGAAGAAAAUUCCGAGAGAACAUUCACUGUCAAUAGACAAAGGUUGAAGCAUUACUUUGGAGGUGAGAUUGAUCACCAAAGAAUAGUUCACUGCCUCACUUAA